AUGGCCGCAGAGGUUGGUGAUAAAACAUGGAAAGCAUUCUUAGAGCAGCACAACUCCCUUGUGACCUUACUCGACUCGCACGCCUCGUUGUUGGCAGAAAUGCGGAAAUUCUGUCUUGAAAAUAGUGCGACUCUGGGCCUGGUACAAGACCGUCUCAAAAACACGGAGAGUCUGAUUGCGACGUUCAAGCUAUCUGCCGAGUCAUUGACAGACAUCACUAAUCGGGAAGAGCAAGUCGUCAAGGAGGAUGUGGAGGCACCAGAACCAGAAACCUUCAACGUCCCAAUUCCUACUGCUGUACCCAAGCCGAAAUCCCACCUGUCUACCGAACCCCUGCUGGAUCCAAGCGGAUUUUUUGCAGUGGAUACGAAUCCCACCCCCAUUGAGCAACUAUACAAGGAGAAACCUGCCGUCGCCAUCAGAGCGAAUGGUCCAAAGCGAAAGGCUUCUGGGGAGCAGACCCAGCCAAACAUUGUGUCUGAAAACGAGCACAUGCGAAAGAAACCAAGACAGGGCCACAAACGAGAAGAGCCAACCCCACAAGAGGAGGAUGAUUCAUUCCUGAAGAGAGUCGAGGCGAGAUCACGGGCGAAAGAAGAACGAAAAAAGGCCAAGUCGGACAAGAAGCGUAAGAGACAGAGCGGUGACUCUAUGGGGAGUGUCAAAGCCCCCCAAAACAAGAAACAGAAGAAAAAGCAGGAUCCGAAGGUCGCCACGGCGAUGCCCUUUGCGGCACCUCCAGGUGACCUGCCGAUGCAGAAUGGCAAGAGACCGCACUCCGAGCCAAAUGAAAGCACAAAUGGACGAGCGAGCAAGAGGGGACGCCGAGGACGGAAGUAA